AUGAAUUACAUAAAACCAUGCACGAGGAAACCCAACGCGUUCAACAACCUUGUCACGCUAACUACUCCAAAACCUCACAUUCACGUCGACGCUUCCAUCAUCAAGACAGGCUUCGAUCCCAACACAUGCCGUUCCAAUUUCCUUCUCAAGACUUUUCUCCAACGCGGGGAUUUAAUCGCUGCCCGCAAACUGUUCGACGAAAUGCCUCACAAGAACAUAUUCUCCACCAACACCAUGAUCAUGGGUUACAUCAAAUCUGGCAAUCUUUCUAAAGCCAGAACCUUGUUUGAUUCCAUGUUUGAACGGACUGCUGUUACAUGGACAAUGUUGAUUGGUGGCUAUGCUCAAGAUAAUAGAUUCCGUGAAGCUUUUAGCCUUUUCGUUGAGAUGGGUAGGCACGGGAUCGACCUGGAUCAUGUCAGUUUGGCUACUCUGUUAUCUGGGUUCACUGAGUUUGAUUCUGUUAAUGAAGUGAGACAAGUUCAUACCCAUGUUAUCAAAUUGGGUUAUGAUUCGACGCUUGUGGUUACUAACUCAUUGCUUGACUCUUACUGUAAGACUGGCAGCCUUGGAUUAGCUUGUUGCCUGUUUAGUGAUAUACCUGAGAGAGAUUCUGUGACUUUUAAUGCCUUGCUGACGGGGUACUCGAAAGAAGGGUUCAAUCAUGAAGCCAUAAACCUGUUUUUCAAGAUGCAGGAAUUGGGGUAUAGGCCAUCGGAAUUUACCUUUGCUGCGAUUUUAACAGCAGGUAUACAUUUGGAUGAUAUAGAAUUUGGGCAACAAGUUCAUGGUUUUGUGGUGAAGUGUAACUUUGUGUGGAAUGUGUUUGUGGCUAAUGCUUUGCUUGAUUUUUACUCGAAGCAUGACCGGGUUGUUGAAGCAAGGAAGCUUUUUUAUGAGAUGCCGGAGGUGGAUGGCAUCUCUUACAAUGUGCUUGUCACCUGUUACGCGUGGAGUGGAAGAGUCGAAGAAUCUCUUGAACUGUUUAAGGAAUUGCAAUUCACUGGAUUUGACAGGAGACAAUUCCCAUAUUCUACCUUGUUGAGCAUAGCUGCAAUUUCUUUAAACCUAGAUAUGGGUAGACAGAUUCAUUCCCAGACUAUCGUAACGGAUGCGAUUUCAGAAAUCCUCGUAGGUAAUUCAUUGGUUGAUAUGUAUGCUAAAUGUGGCAAAUUUAAGGAAGCAAAUAGGAUGUUUGCAGAUCUAGCUCAUAAAAGUUCUGUUCCAUGGACAGCCAUGAUAUCGGCUUAUGGCCAGAAAGGACUUCAUGAAGAUGGUCUAAAGCUAUUCAUUGACAUGCAAAGAGCCAAAAUAAGUGCUGAUGCAGCCACUUAUGCCAGUAUCGUUAGAGCAUGUGCAAGUUUAGCCUCAUUGACACUGGGAAAGCAGUUGCACUCACAUAUAAUUGGAUCGGGAUACAUUUCAAAUGUCUUUUCUGGGAGUGCACUACUUGACAUGUAUGCAAAAUGUGGAUCCAUAAAAGAUGCCCUUCAAAUGUUUCAAGAGAUGCCUGUAAGAAAUUCAGUCUCCUGGAAUGCACUUAUUUCAGCUUAUGCACAAAAUGGAGAUGGAGACCGCACCCUUGGAUUGUUUGAAGAAAUGGUUCAUUCAGGUUUGCAACCAGAUUCUGUUAGUCUCCUUAGCAUUCUAUGUGCUUGCAGUCACUGUGGUCUAGUUGAAGAAGGGUUACAGUACUUCAACUCCAUGACUGAGAUUUAUAAACUUGUUCCCAAGAAAGAGCAUUAUGCAUCGGUCAUUGAUAUGUUAUGUCGCUGUGGAAGAUUUGACGAGGCAGUGGAAUUGAUGGCUCAGAUGCCUUUUGAACCCGAUGAAAUAAUUUGGUCAUCCGUUCUCAACUCAUGUAGAAUCCAUAAAAAUCAGGAGUUGGCUAAGAAUGCAGCAGAGCAACUAUUCAAAAUGAAUGUACUUAGAGAUGCUGCUCCAUAUGUUACCAUGUCCAAUAUCUAUGCAGAAGCUGGUGAAUGGGACAAUGUAGGGAAGGUGAAGAAGGCCAUGAGAGAAAGAGGAGUGAAAAAAGUCCCUGCUUAUAGUUGGGUUGAAAUCAAACACAAAACACAUGUUUUCACUGCCAAUGAUAAGUCUCAUCCACAGAUGAAAGAGAUAAUGAGGAAGCUUGACGAGUUGGAAGAGAAAAUGGGGAAACAAGGGUAUAAACCAGACUCAAGUUGUGCCCUUCACAAUGUGGAUGAGGACGUGAAGAUAGAGUCUCUUAAAUAUCACAGCGAGCGCAUUGCCAUUGCCUUUGCACUAAUUAGCACCCCGAAAGGGUCACCUAUAUUAGUGAUGAAAAACCUAAGAGCUUGUACUGAUUGUCAUGCCGCCAUAAAGGUGAUCUCCAAGAUCGUAGGUCGAGAAAUCACGGUUAGGGACUCAAGUAGGUUCCAUCAUUUCAGGGAUGGGCUUUGCUCCUGUAGAGACUACUGGUAG